UAUUGAAGGUUCCACUUGCGAUUCAUCCGCGGACUUGAUCAUUGUAAAUUUCUCACCAUUAACAAACAUUUUUUCAACCAUGCACGCAAUUAAUUUAUUAACACUACUAGUUACAUUUUUGACUCACACUUCAAUAAUUUCUUCUUACAACAUUGUUGUGAAAAAUGCAAUUGUUGCUCGAAAUCGCGAUUUUUCAUAUUUUGGAUACACUGUUUUGCUUCGAAAGCCUUGGAUGAUUGUCGGAGCGCCGAAAGCUAAUUUCACUUCAAUACCAAGAGGUUCGCAAGCUCCCAGGGAACCAGGUGCCUCUUAUAGGUGCAAUUUAAAGAGUAUAAAAUGUGAGCAAUUUAGACCAAGUGACGUUAAUGAUGAAUCAGGAUUCAUAACUCAAGUUAAUUACAAUAGUUUAGUUAAAAAAGCUUACGGUUGGUUUGGCGCCUCAAUGGCGUUAGAUGAAAAUGAUGAUCUUAUUACAGUUUGCGCACCAAGGACAAUUUUAUCAAUUUUUUCAAUUCUUGACAAACAUAUUAGCAUGCAUGGCGUUUGUUACAGUGGAAAAAUAUCCUCAGGAAAUUUGCAACUUGAAGAUAACUUUAAAUCUCAUGAUUUUUUAUCUACUUUCUGGUACAAUUCUUUGCAUGGAUUUUCUAUCCACUAUUCAAAGGCCAUUAAUAACAAAGAAAAAGUUAGAAUGAUUACUGGAGCGCCAAAGCAUGAAGUCAUCGGUACGGUCCAAAUCAAAGGUCAAAAAACAAGCGCAACACUUCCGACAACUGAUGACUUGACUCAAUUUGGUUAUUCUGUCACUUCGGGAAGAUUCUUUAACAAGAGCAAAAUUCUUUUUGCCGCCGGCGCUCCUGGAUGGAACCUAAUCGGCCAAGUGGGAAUAUUGGACUCGGGAGUAGAUUCAUUAAAAUUAAUAAUGAGUAUAAAAGGACAAGUAGUCGGUGAAUACUUUGGAGGAAGUUUAGCGGUUGGAGAUGUUAAUAAUGAUGGGUACGAUGAUCUUAUUAUUGGCUCGCCUCAUUGGGGAAAUGAUAAUGGAAGAGUUUAUAUUUAUUUUGGAAGUAGUAAUAGGUUUUUAGAACCACCGAUUAUUAUUGAUGGACCGAAAGAAGAUAGCUGCUUUGGAUAUUCUGUAACUAGUGGUGAUAUCGAUUCAGAUGGAUACUAUGAUGUAAUAGUAGGCGCACCUUGGGAUGACAACGGCGCAGUAUACAUCUACAGUGGUGACAUAAUUUCAAACCUGGAAAUUAAUAUAAAAGUACAAGAAGUACGAGUUAAAUCAACAAUAAGAACUUUUGGAUUUUCACUGUCCUACCCGGUUGACAUCGACGACAAUGGAUUCCCUGACAUUGCUAUCGGAGCUUACUUAACUGGACACGCUUUAGUACUUAAAAGCAGACCUGUUCUAAAGACAGAGAUAUUAAUCACUUCACGGCCUCGAACUCUAGAUCGCAAUACCACGAAUUUCUUGCUGACGAUCUGUGUAGCACAUUUUCAGAUUGGCAAACCGACUUUGGAAAGCUUUAAUCUCAAGAUCAGUGUUGAUGAAACUUUUGAACGGGUCAACGAAACUAAAAAUUCCCGGGAGCAUAUUUCUAAGUGGGAUCAUACACUAGUUACUGUUUGCUUUGAUAAAUAUUUUUACUUACUCGAAAGUAAUAAAAAUUUUGUUGAUUCUAUUGAAGUUAAAGUUAAUCAUGAAUUUAAUAAUAAAACAAUUUUAAAAAAUGAAGGUGAAGUUAUAUGUGAUUUAUGUCCUAUUGAGUACAAAGGACUAGAAUCAAUUACUGGAGAAUUGAAUAUUCCAUUUAAUACCGAAUGUGGAUUAGAUGAAGUUUGUACUUCUUCAAUAUCUUUGUCUGCGAAUUUUACUGGAGUAAGUGACCAAUUAACUUGGAUAAUUGGAUCCAAGGACAUAAGCUUGGAGAUAAUUUUAAAAAAUGAAGCUGAGCCGGCUUAUUUAACAACUAUCAGUAUUGAUUUACCUCACAAUAUUUAUUUAAGUAGUGUAUUACCUUUUUGUAAUGAGAAUACUGAUGGUGAAUUUGUUAAAGUAACUUGCGAUGCAGGCAAUCCGUUAACUGGAACUCCGAGAAUAAUUAAAAUUGAUUUGGAUAUGAGCCAAUUAAACGACGGGAGUUUGAAUGGAACUACUUUGGACUUUAAUAUAAAAGUAAAUACACGAAGUCAAAAUAAUGGAGAUCAACAUUUAUCGCGAUUGAUUUUAUUGUUAAGCGAAUUUGUUUUUGAUUUACAGGGAAAUGCACAUGAUAAAAAUUAUUAUUAUUCGACUGAAGAUAAAUCAUCAUCAAAUAUAAGCUUCCAGCAUGCUUAUCAGCUUAAAAAAAUUGGUGAAACUCCGGUGUUGCUAUCAACACUCAAUAUUAAUGUACCUGUAAGAUUUCAAGGUGAAGAAAUUGUUACACUGACAAAUAAACCACGGAUUUUCAUCUCAGGAAAAUUGUAUAAAUGUUCUACACACGGAAUAACACUGAUGAAGAAAUUAGUAAAUUACACUCCUGUGAUUUUAAAAGAAGAAGAAGAAACAUAUUAUUUAAACGUCAAUGAAAGUAAACCGUUGAAUUUAAAGCGCGACAUAGAUCAGUCUCCCGAGAAGUUGGUACCAAUGAUGAUCUCAAAUUUCCAUUCUCAGCCGGAGAUAAUGAUUGAUGUCAACGCCCCAAGAAUAUACUUGAACUGCACUUCAACAGAUGUUGAAUGCGGAAAAAUAACUUGUGAAAUUGGUUCUCUAAACAGUGAUCAAGAUACCGGGGGGCUGCAGUUAGACUUUUCAAUCAAUCCUGUCUUAUGGAAUUAUACUCAAAAUACAGAAGCGCAAAUAAUUUUUACAACAGAUGCUUGGAUUGAUGUUAUUAAACCAACAUUAGAAGAAAUAGAAACAGUCAGUGGUUCCAAUUUAACCGCUUACAUAAGCACGAAUAUUUAUAAAAUUGAUAGUAAUAAAAAUAAAUUGGCCAGCAUUUGGAUUAUUGUUGGCUCUGUAUUUCUAGGACUACUUGCUGUACUUUUAUUUUCAUUUAUUCUAUACAAGUACGGAUUUUUCAAGCGUAGUAAAAAAGAAGAACUUGCAGCGCUCAAAGAUGAAAAUUUUUUGUUUCAGACUGACAGUAUGUCAGAGCCAUCAGAGUUAUAAUUAUUAAAAAAAAAAUUCAAUUUUUUUUUCUUGUAAGUUUUUUAUUAUAAAUUUAUAAAAAUUC